AGGGUCUUAUUCAUGGCAGUUCCACAAUUCCGACUUUUUUCUGUUACUUCUUUCUUUGCCUAGAUGUUUGCUUUAGCUUGCUAUGAUUUCCCAUUGCUUUCACCUUUCCCUUUUGGAGAUACGUUGGCCAUCAUAAAACUCCAAAAGAAGCACAAAAAACCCUUGCAAAAUUUUUGGCAAUUAAUAAAACAAAGAUAAGAAUUUGAGAGAGACCAGUAUUCCAACCAAGCUAGUUCAUCAGUAAUGGUGCUGGCGCUUCCUCUUCUGGUUCUUGUCUAAGGUUUCUCUCUGGCUGUCUCUUGUUCGGGCACAUUUGAGAUGGGUGGCAAUAAAGGAGAUGCAACCAAGAAGCAAACACCCCAGCCAACUCAACAACUCUCAUCUUCUCCCAAAGAGCCCCUUGAGGAAUCUUCAGAAUCAAGGCAAAAGCAUCUCCAGCAACCAUCAGCUGUUGUGGUCACAGCGACUGGACCUCCUUUCAUAUCUGCGCCUUUAUACGUCCCAACUGGUGCGACUUCUUCUCCCUUUGAACAGCAAUUUGAGUCUGUCAAUCCCAAGAGAUCUCGAUACAACAGUGGCCAAUGGAAACUGCUCCCAUCAUCAUCUUCCCUACAGUCGCAAGCCCAAAUGGCUAUAAUCACCAGCGAAUCAAGCCCAUCACCCACAAAUCCCAUUAACCCUCAAACUCAGGCUCAGACCACAGCAGCUUCCUCCUCAGACGCAGCCUCAUCUCCACCCCACUCUCCUCUCCCAUCCACAACCUCGGGCCAGGAAACCAACAAACCGGAAGAUCAGCAAUUUCAUCACCAAUUCAGAAAGGGAAAAUAUGUGAGCCCCGUCUGGAAACCGAAUGAAAUGUUGUGGUUAGCAAGGGCUUGGAGGAUUCAAUAUCAAGGAGGGUCUGAUGCGUCUGGCUCUUCUUCAAGAAGUGGCCACCAAGAGAUUGGUCCUUUUACAGGCAGCGAUCUUGCAGUCCAAUCAACAAGAGGCAAGACCAGGGCUGACAAAGAUAGGGAAGUAGCUGAGUUUUUAAACAAACAUGGAAUCAAUAGGGAUGCCAAAACUGCUGGUACUAAGUGGGAUAAUAUGUUAGGUGAGUUUAGAAAAGUUUAUGAAUGGGAGAGAGGGGGAGAAAGGGAACAAGUUGGCAAGAGUUACUUCAGACUUUCUCCUUAUGAGAGAAAACUGCAUAGAUUGCCAGCUUCCUUUGACGAGGAAGUCUUCGAGGAGUUGUCUCAUUUCAUGGGGCCCCGCAUGAGAACUUCACAAAGCAGAGGAGCUUCUGCGAUUGCUUCAAGUGAUGAUGGUCGGUCGGUUCUUUCUGGUCCUAGACCGCUUCCUCCUGCUCCUCCAUUCAAAGUAGAUGAACUUCCUCUCUCAGUGAGGACAAAACAACUGGUAACGACUACCGGAGGAGAUGCUUUCUUUCAUGGAACAAGAGGAAGUCUGGUAGGGUUCGACACUUCAUUGGACGUUGGGUUAGGUCUUCCUUCUUCAUCUUCCAAGGAACUACGUAGAAUUGGGAAGAUAAGAAUGACAUGGGAGGAGUCAGUAAGUUUAUGGGCGGAAGAAAGCGAGCACCAUAGAGGAAGAGUGAGACUUCAAGGUUCAAGCUUUUUAAACGCAGAUGAACUCACAUUCUUUGAUGAUUCCGUGGUUGCUUGCACAAUGGAAGCCUUUGAAGAUGGCCCUCUAAAAGGUUUCUCUGUUGAUAGAUUCGUCAAUGGACAGCAAGUCAAAGUGUUUGGUAGGAGAAAGUCAUCCGCAGCUUCUGCAUCUUCUGUUACAGGUUUCACUGAAAGAGCGCAGCUUCCCUUUGCAGAACCCUCUAUCAGAUCAAUGCCUCCUUUGGAGCUCCAAGACCCAACAGACUACUACAUUGGGUGUCUUCGAGUUCCCCCAACGGUACUGCCAGGUUUGUUUGAACUUUCAUGGCACUUGCAAGAGCCUCUACCUGAGGAAUAUCGAUUUCCUCUAAGGAAAGAUGUAUACCGAGAUUUGCCAGCCGGUAAAGAAGUUUUAUUUACUACUACUAGUGAAUUGUUAGAUUGUAGAGCUAUGGUGUAUGAUGUCUUGAGCUCGAUCAUACGCACCAACCCUAGUCUCAGUGCUGCUACUGCCACAAGCAGAGACUCUUUUAUUGGCCUUUGGGACGAUUGCGUUAAUAGGGUUAUCUCCAAAUUUUGUUCUGUUGAAAUGGUUAUUAUCCGAAAACCGUCUUCAUCAUCAACUGAGCCUUUGCAGGAUCAGUGGCCAAACGUGACUGGUUUUGUUAGAAAUUUUUGCUUGUGGAGGGGAGAGGAGACUGAUCAAGUGAGGGAAGGUCAUCCUGACCCAUCAUCUUCGCUAGUGGAGAAGUUGCUAUGGACUUACAUGGAUCUUCCGUACGUAUUAGGCUAUUAUGCUGUUGGCUACAUGGUAACAUUCUGCGCAUUAAGCCGAUCACAAGAUCGCAUUUUAAGGACAGAUUUAUAUUCUGUAGAUCUUUCUUCCCCCUCAGAGAGACUGAAAGCCCUAGUGCCUUGCUGUAGAAUAGCAGGCCUGUUGCCCUUGCUGGCUGAUCGAUGCUUUAAUACCAUCAGUAAUGUUGGUUCGUACAAGCAAUUUCCAUUCAGCGAUUUUGAAAGGAUUAAUUUGCGGAAUGGAAGUAUAAUGGAAAUGACACCAAAUACGGUGACAAGGUCAUUUUCGAACAAGAAGAAAUGGGCAGCAGUGAAAGAAAUAUAUGACAUAUUGGAUCAUCGAAUCCCGCACUCUGAACUUAUUUGUCGGGCAUGUGAAAAAGAUCUUGUAUUGGUGUUUAAACCUAGAGGGUGCAAAUUCAAGCCCAUCAACUGUGAGCAACUUGUAGAAGCUCUUAAGUACGUGACAAAAGCAUUGGUAGCUCUACAUGACUUAUGCUUCAUGCACAGGGACUUGGGCUGGGACAAAGUGCUGAGACGGAGCGACACAGAGAACGAAUGGUUCGUUUGUGGGUUCGACGAAGCCGUGGGUGCACCCCAGAUAUACCCACACCCAGUAGCGGGUACGGAUACAGAUGCGCGUGGAAGGCACGCGCCAGAAAUGGGGAGGGGGUUGCACGGCGUCAAAGUGGACGUGUGGGGAGUAGGCUACUUGGUCAAGACCUGUGGGCUCACAAACGUGCCUAAAAUGCUGAGGGAGUUGGAAACCAGGUGCUUGGAUCAGAACCCUGAGCAGAGGCCGACUGCAGCCGAUUGUUACCACCACUUGCUACAGGUGCAGUCAGCUUCGUCCGGUGCACCCUAUUGAAGUGACACCAUCACAGAUUAGCGAUUCACUUUAUUUAAUUCUACGCUAGUUUCAGCUUUAUGUAGCAUUAAUUAAUUCCUGGAGUUGAGCUUAGUGAUUUAUGCUACAUUAAUAUUUGUUUUUUCCAGUUCGUGGAGGUGUGAUAGUUUUGGUGGUGGGGGCCGUUGGUACAGUUUGAUACCUUAAAAAUGAAUGGGAAAGG